UUGAACGGCAUUUCACCAAGCACCAAGGCAAAGCAAGGCAAGGCAAAGUUCAACUCGUUCGUCCGUUGCGAUAUGUUGCCAGCCGGCCCAGAGGUCGAUCCAUCCGACGGCCGCGGUCCAGACGAGCAAAUUUCAAGCGCCCUGUCCCCCCUAUUCCACAUUCUCGACAGCUUCCAUCACCGCAACAAAAAUCAGCAUCGCGUCGCUCACUGGUGGUCCCAGUUCGGCAUCCUACGCCGCGCCGUGACGAGGCUUCACGACGCCUUCGUUGCCCGCCUCCGCACCACCCAGGCCCUGAGUUUCAAGAAGCAGAGACAGAAGCCGUCCAAAGCCAGACAGACACUUGAUGAGGACAUUGCCGUCAGGGUGAAAACCCUCGUCGAUGCAACAAUUCCGUCGUCUUUCUUAACCUUCACACAAUUGACUGCAGACAACCAACAUGCCGCCCUUGGCUUGGUUCUCUUAGGCGUCCUGGCCAGCAUAAACUCUGCAAUCGCCCCCUUGGUGGCUCAUCAGGAUGAGCCUGGCCAAACCGCGCCUUCAACGUCUGUCCCGUUGGCUGGGUCGGCGAACGAAACCAAGAGGGAUGCCCGCCCUGUGGAUCUCGGUGUGGCCGUGCCCCGAGAUCAGCUCCGUCUGGCUAUCAACGCCGGAUCUCGGCCGGAACCACAAGCCAAGGACACCAAAAAGCCGAAGAAGCGCAAGGUGACUACUCUCGUCGACGAUGUGCCGACCACCAAAGACAACGGAAAGACAGAAAAGAAGCCCAAGAAAAAGUCGAAAAAGGGCGAUGAAUUUUCAGACCUGUUCAGCUCACUCAUGUAG